CGGUCCCCUCGCCCCUACCUGCGAGUCAGGAGCCGAGCCCACCCGCAGCCGCUGCCGAGCUCUUGGCAGCCUUUAGCCCCGGAGAAGGCCGGUUUGCCUGGCACCUGGGAGGACGUCUCCAGGGGGCGGCUCUGGCCAGAGAGGGACCCAUUAAGCGACUGAAGUUCAGACGGAGGGUGGGGGGUCGUGUCGCCGGCAGCUUUCCCGAACGUCUGCCGCCGACCUGUGCGCCUGAGUCUUGGCACCUGGGUGCGAGGCCGCCUAUGGCGGGAGCUUAGAGUUGGCAGCCGGCAGGGCAGCGGGGUAACUUGGCUGACAAGAACCAUUCAGGGCCGCGAGCCAGCCGCCUAAUGGGAGUGCCCUCCCUCACACCCAUCCCAGCAAAGAAACACCGCCUUAGGGAGCCCGCGGGCCUGCGGCGGCCAGCUUUUCCCAGGAUGUGGACACAGGCCACAGGCCGAAAUGAAUGAGGCCUCGUAACCUUCAGAUGACUUAAGAAACAAUUGAAGUCUUAGCAACUGCUAACCCCCUUCUUUUCCUCCUUUCCAGUCGGCACCUAUGGAGUGAGGGAGCUGGAGGCAGGGAAGCAACACGGUUCCCUUCAAGCUUUUGUCCUUUCCAGAAACUGGAAGGAGUGGGGGAGGCCUGUGAUGGGUGGACUUCUCCCUUCAGGUCUUCAGACAGGGCAGUCCACUUUUUUUUGCCUGUCCCCACAGCUCUUCCUGCAGACUCUUUUUUCCUGAGGAUCCUAUUAAGAUUGUCCGGGGCCAAGGGCAGUACAUGUAUGAUGAACAAGGGGCAGAAUACAUCGAUUGCAUCAACAAUGUGGCUCACGUUGGGCACUGCCACCCUCUCGUGGUCCAAGCAGCACAUGAACAGAACCAAGUACUCAACACCAACAGCCGAUACCUGCAUGACAACAUCGUGGAUUUCGCACAAAGGCUGUCAGAGACCCUGCCAGAGAAGCUGUGUGUGUUUUAUUUCCUGAAUUCUGGGUCGGAGGCCAAUGACCUAGCCCUGAGGCUAGCCCGCCAGUACACAGGACACUGGGAUGUGGUGGUAUUAGACCACGCUUAUCACGGUCACCUGAGCUCCCUGAUUGACAUCAGCCCCUACAAGUUCCGGAACCUGGAUGGCCAGAAGGAGUGGGUCCAUGUGGCACCUCUCCCAGACAUAUACCGGGGCCUCUACCGGGAGAACCAUCCCGAUCCCGCUGAAGCCUAUGCCAGUGAGGUGAAACGUGUGGUCAGCAGUGCACAGGAGCAGGGCAGGCAGAUUGCCGCAUUCUUCGCUGAGUCCCUGCCCAGUGUGGGAGGGCAGAUCAUUCCCCCUGCUGGCUACUUCCCAAAAGUGGCAGAGCACAUCCACAGGGCUGGAGGGGUCUUUGUCGCAGACGAGAUUCAAGUGGGCUUUGGCCGAGUAGGCAAGCACUUCUGGGCCUUCCAGCUGCAGGGGGAAGACUUUGUCCCUGACAUUGUCACCAUGGGCAAGUCCAUUGGCAAUGGCCACCCUGUAGCCUGCGUGGCCACAACCCAAGCUGUGGUGAAGGCAUUUGAAGCCACCGGUGUCGAGUACUUCAAUACGUUUGCAGGCAGCCCAGUGUCCUGUGCAGUGGGGCUGGCCGUCCUUGACGUCUUAGAGAAGGAGCAGCUGCAGGCUCACGCAGCCUGUGUGGGCAGCUUCCUGAUGGAGCUCCUCGGGCAACAGAAAGCCAAACAUCCCAUCAUCGGGGACAUCAGGGGCGUCGGGCUCUUCAUUGGUGUGGAUUUGAUCAAAGAUGAGGCCACAAGGACGCCAGCCACCGAAGAAGCUGACUACUUGGUAUCCAGGUUGAAGGAGAACUACAUUUUGCUGAGCACUGAUGGCCCUGGGAGAAAUGUCCUGAAGUUUAAGCCCCCAAUGUGCUUCAGCUUGGACAAUGCACAACACGUGGUAGCAAAGCUGGAUGCCAUCCUAACUGAAAUGGAAAGAAAGGUGAGAAGUUGUGAGACACUAAGACCCCGGCCCCGUGGCAGCCCUGCUGAGUCAUGUCCUUCACUAGGGAAAAAAAUGAAGCAUCCCACUGAAAUGUAUAGUGAUGACCCUGACUUCCAACUUACAGAGGAAGAAAGUCACUGAGGCUCAGGGCAGGGCUUGCCUGAGGCCAUACUGCUAGCCCCAUCCCUACCCCAACCACUGCUCAGUAGUUGGGAUGGGCCAAAAGCCUAUGUCUAUGUCCCCUCAGGGCACAGAGUCAAUUUCUGCUUUGCUCAAAAACCUGCCCAUUGACAGUGGAGGAAGGGUCAAACAGACCUUCCAAUGCUCCUGCUAAAAUAAAUCAGAAGUGUAUUUUUAAAAGAAAAUCCCUAACAGAAACAAAAUUUAAAGAUAAA